AUGAGAACAGCUCUCUUGAAGCGGCGAGCGGUUGCGAUUGCGACGGUGGCGACUGCAGCGCUUUUCGUUUUCGCCACCUUUAGUUCCGGAGGGGAUCCACCGUCGUGGUCGUCGGAGCAGGUGGGGGGAUGCCGGAGGGACGAUAUCUUGGUGCAGCAGGCGGCGGCGACGCCGCUGCCGAACGGGAUCCCGACGUACACGGUGCGUGUUCUGAACGUGUGCUCCGGGAACUGCAGCAUCGGCGGCAUCCACCUGAGAUGCGGGGUGUUCAGCUCGGCCCGCCUCAUCAACCCCCGCGUGUUCCGCCGUCUCCGCCCCGGCGACUGCCUCGUCAACGACGGCCGCCCAAUCCGUGCCGGCUUCUCAGUCUCCUUCCAGUACGCCAACUCCUUCAAAUUCCCCAUGGACGUCUCCUCCGCCACCUGCCUUCCCUCCUCUUCCCCCUCUCAAUCCCCAUAA